UCCCGUGUAGUGCCUGAGGCGGCGACACCACACCACCGGCAAAAUCCUAGAGCACUUCUCACCUCCCCUUCCCGUCUCCAUCCAUACCUCUCCCCUCACCAUUGUUCCAGUCCGGUCCACCGUGGUCCUCCGCCUACAAUGCAGUCCCUCUCCAUCUUCCGCGCCGCAACCCGCGCCGUUCGCCCUACCGGCUUCUUCAGAGCUCCCCAAUUGGCCCGGUCCCGGAUGCAGUCCCCGAUCACUCUGGCCGCCGCCCGCGCCCACAACUUCGGCACCACCUCCAAGCUCCUCUCCGGACACGAAGACGAGACAUACGAGGAAUUCUCCGCCAGAUUUGAGAAGGAAUUCGACGGUGUGCAGGAUGUUUUCGAGCUCCAGCGCAACCUGAACAACUGCUUCGCCUACGAUCUCGUUCCCUCUGUUGAGGUCCUCACUGCCGCUCUCAAGGCCGCCCGCCGUGUCAACGACUUCCCUACCGCCGUCCGUGUUUUUGAGGGCAUUAAGGCCAAGGUCGAGAACCAGGACCAGUACAAGCAAUAUCUCGAGUCCCUCGAGGGUCUCCGUCAGGAGCUCGGCGUCGCUCUCCGUGAGGAGCUCUACCCCCAGGAGGAGUAA